GUGGCCCAAAUGUCAUGUCGUACAUACCUUUAAUAUCUACCAAGAUACUUGGGAAUAGCGUCCACCCAUCUUUGCGCUGGAGAAGAUAUUUUAUGUAUCAGGCAUUAACUCGCACACAUAAUGAGAUUUAUGGAGGCCCUGCUGUGAGUGGCCUGUCCGAGGCCAUACCAUACUCAAGGGCGACGCAGUUCACAUCUAUAGACGCCACAAGCCUUCCAUAGCAGGUCGUUAUGGAUAGUUUUAGAAGCCGUCGUGGUGCGUAGUCGCAUGGCCACCUUUUCCACUUAUUGAAUCGGUGGAGGUUCGCUUGCCGGCAGCGAUGGAGUUCCAUGUGCUGCUGGUUGAAGAUGAUUUAGUCACCUUAAAGACGGUGGAGCAGCUUUUGCGGAAAUGCAACUACAAGGUCACCUGUGCAGCAAACGGCCGCGAGGCUAUUGCCUUGCUGACCGCCUGUCGACAAGAAGGGGUCAAGGUGGACCUUAUCCUUACCGAUAUCCUUAUGCCAGAGGUCACCGGCUUCGACCUCAUAAACGAAGUCGUGCACGGCGAGGCGUUUUGCGACGUCCCGGUAGUCGUCAUGUCAUCUCAAGAUUCACAGGAAAGCGUCUUGCAAGCCUUCCAAGCCGGCGCCGCGGACUACCUCAUCAAACCCAUCCGCAAAAACGAACUUGCCACUCUUUGGCAACACGUCUGGCGCGCCAACAAGGCGCGAGGUGCCGGCUGCAGCGAACCCGGUGACGGCGGCGGUACCGCAAACGUCAAGAACAGCAGCGGCGGUAGCAGCAGCGGUGCAGCUACCUCUGUACUGCAGUCCACGGGGGCCACCGCGCUCCCCUCCCGCGCUGCUACCGCCCGACAUCCUCCUUCCUCAUCGCUGCCCACAAACGCCAGCGGGCCCUCCGUGCACGAUCAUCUUCGCCCUCACCCACAUCACCACCUCCACCAUCACUCGCACAAAGCACAACUCGCUGAGGAGGAGAAGAAUCCAGCCAGUGAACCCCACCCGCUGGUGAGGCGUCGUGAACAGGGCAACCAGCAAGGGUCACAACUACAUCCGCAGCCUGCGUCGGCAACUGCAGGAGGCACGGCCACUGUGCCGCAUGAUAGCAGUGUGCAGGGCUUAGUAAGCAGCCUUAGUUGUGAGGAGCUCGCACAUCAAGCGGCUACGACUACUGCUGCUACUGCUGCUACCGCUGGUGCUGCUGCAGUUGGGGAUAGCGGUAGUGGCAGCGCUGGCGUCAGCGGACAUGCGCGCGGCUUCAAUACCUCGGUCGCGGUGCACUUUGACCUCAAUCCGCCGCCCCAAGCAAGCCACCUGCUCCGCCGCUCAUCCGCUGCACGCGACGCCAUGCCCCGCGAUGCGUCGGCUGCUUCAGCAGUCGCAGCAGCGGGGUCCGCUGGUGCCGCCGCGGCCGUGACGGAGGCGGCGGCGGCGGAGCUUCCUCGCGGCGGCGGCACCUCCGCCACCGUUAUCAGCUGGUCGCAUGCGGAUCGGAUACGUGAGGCAGCGGCGGCGGCGGCGGCUGGGGAAGGUACGGCAGCGGAGGAGGCCCCGCGGAAACGACGGCGGUUCGGCGAGGUUCCGCCGGCGGCGGUGGCUCGUCGUACAGCGGCGGAGGCGUCCCAGGGAUCGCGCGCCGCGUCAGCGUCGGCGGCGACGGCGGCGACGGCGACGGCGGGCGCCUCCGCUGGCGGCCUGGCGGAAGCGGUCCGCGGGGACGCCGCCAACCCCAGCGGCGACACUUUGGUUACGGACAGCCCCUCCUCGCACACCUCCGCCACCGCCACUCCGACCAGCAGCGGUACGACAACCAGCAGCACGGGGGCGGGCAGCGAGGCGGAGGAGCACCCGCAGCAGCAGCCGCACCCUCACCGGGUAUACUCGCACCAGCAGCAGCAACAGGAGCAGCAGCACCAGCAGCGUGAGCAAGACAAAGCAGGCACGUCAGGGGCAGCAGCUGCCACUGCUGCUGCAGGAGAGUGCUUGGCGGGUCAUAGCCCCUGUUCAGGCGCCGGUGGCGGAGGCGGUCGGUCGUACGGCAGUAGCGUUAUCGUACGACACACUGCCACCUCCGCGGGGCCCCUACCCGUGCCGGCUGACGUCAGCCACGCGGUAAACACGGGCACCGGCACCUUGGCAGCCGCUGCCGCUGCCCUACCUGACCGGGUCCUGAAGCAAGGUGGGUUGGGUGAUGCGGUAGCAGCGACGGCGGCAGUUUCAUGCGGUCUGCCCCACCCGGCUGCUGCUGCUCCGGGCCCCGCGGCCCCAGGCCACUCGGUGCUGCUGCCGCCGGGGCUUCAGGAGCUGGCGGCGCUGGGGGCGAUGAGAAGCCGGGAGGGGCUGUGGACGCAGCGGGCGCUGAUGCUGCAGCGACAGCAGCAGCAGCAGCAGCAUGAGCAGCAGCAGCGGGCGGAGCCGGGGUGGAGAGGGGGAGCGGCGAGGGUGUCGCUUGGGGCUGUGGGAGGGCGUGCUGCUGCUGAUGCGGCUCUUGGAGGUGCUGGCGACGGCGAUGCUGCGGGCGCAUGUGAGGUGGGGCAGGAGCCUGGGAGAGGGUUACAUGCCUCCGGAACCAGCAGCUACGCGGUCGCGGAUGUUGGCAGCAAGGUCGAGGUCGCCGCUGCGUCGGGAGCUCUCGGUGCUCUCGGAGCUGGAGCGGGCGAGGCUGUGGCAGCGGAGGCAGCGCCAUCCACAGCCGCUGGGGAUGCUGGUGGCGGCGGCAGCGCCGGUGGGGGACCGCGAGCGCCGACGCCGCCACCGUUGUCGCCAUCGCCCUCGGGCAGUCGGUUACGUCACAGCGAGCGAUCGGCCUUCACCGCCUUCACCGUUUUCCUACCAAGCAAGCUAGCAGCGCAGGCGGCGGCCUCGCCGGCGGCGCUAGGGGCCUCAGCGCUACAUGCCGCCGGCAGCGCUGCCGUACAUCGAACUGGAACGGCGGCCACGCCGCCGCCGUCGUCGUCAACCACAUCCUCGACGGCGGUGCGUUCCGCGCCUCCGCCGCCUCCGCCACACCUCUUAUUAGCGCAUGGAGUGUCUCCCGCCUUCCUUAACCCGCACUCACAUGCCCCGCACUUGCAACACACGCCGGCAACGGCAGCGGCGACGCUGCCGACGAUGCUGCAGCCAGUGCUGCAUCCGCUGCACCCCGCCGCUGCCGCUGCUGCCGCCGCUGCUCAGAGGGGUCAUAACCCGCACCUUCCACUCGAUUCCGCAAACACCGCCGCCACAGCUGCUUCCUAUUUAGGCCCCGGCGCGGCAGCCAUAGCCGCUGCCAUAGCCGUCGGUCACGCGUCGUAUCAGGGCAUGCAACACCCUCGGCCGCCGCCGCAUUACGCUUCCGCGCCGCCGCCGCCCCAUCAGCAACAGCAAACGCAGCAGCAUAACCAGCCUUCCGGGGCGCCGCCGCCUCCCCCUCCGCCGCACGUGUUUGUUCCCGAGUCUGUGUUGCAGUUGAUUGCGCACCUAUCCGGGCGGGCGGCAGCGGAGAUCCCGGUGCCGGAGGCCGUCACGCAGGGGCCGCCGGUGGUGGUGGUUCCCAAGGCUCCCAGCGUUGGGGGCGCAGUUGGAGGAGGGGGAGGAGGAGGAGGGGGAGCGGCCUCCUCGGCAGCUCGGCUGGCGGCGGUUGCAAAGUAUCUGGAGAAGCGCAAGCAUCGGAACUUUCAGAAGAAGGUGCGCUAUGAGAGUCGCAAGCGCCUAGCCGAGGCACGUCCUCGCGUGCGCGGCCAGUUUGUCAAGGCGGGGGCACGGCACAGCUCCGGAGGAACAGGGAGGGGUUAUGACAGUGAGGAUUACGAGCCGGGGACGGAGGAUGAUGAGUCGGCAGGGGAGCCGUAGGUGGAGAGAGGGGGCGAGGUACCUGGGAGGGUAUGGUGGCAGCAGGGCAUUGGGCUCCUCGUGUCGGGGCCUCCUGGAGGGGGUGUUUCGCAAUCGGGUGCGGCGGGUGCUACACGAGGCGCCUGGAAAGGGGAGAGCAUGCUGUGGUUUGUGGUUGGCUUAACCAUGCAUGCAUGCGUUUGUGAUGCGCGCGCACGGAUGCAAGUGCAUGAAGCCUUGUCCUUCCUUGGGUUGGUGAGGGCGGGGCGCGCUCCUGCGGCUGCACAGGCGUCCUCGAUUACAACUUACUUUGUAUGACCCAUUUCAUCAGCCAGCUCAGCCGUCAGGUUGACGGCAGGCCGGCGGCGUUGCCUCCUUCUGACGUUUCCACCUACCUAGGAGAUGGAAGGAAGGAAGCGGUGCGGUGCGGGCUGCCUUGCAGGGCGCGUUUGCGCCCGGCACGGCACAGCUGACAUGAGGGAGAGGGGGCGAUGCGAGAGGGACCCGUGUCGCUUUGCAGCGAGAGUAUUCACGGGCUUGGUGGGGCGCGAAAUGGUGGACUUCAACAUUUUGUUUGUGUGAGUGAGGGCGAGGAGAGAUUGCGUGCUUGAGCGCGGAUGUGUGUGUAGGUUUUAGGGGCUGACGUUGCUGUACGAGAGUCAGUCAGCCCCCGGCCAUCUGCAGCCGACGGAGGUCGGACGCGGAUGGUUUCUUUCAUGCUUUAAUGUGGGGUGGUGGUUCUCUUCCUCGUCGCGAGGGGGUCUGUUGUUUCAUACAUGGUAUUUCGUAACUUUCAACUUUGCUUUGCUGCUGCUGCUGCUACUGUGGUGGCUGUGUGCGGGUGGCGGUUGUGGCGACUUCCUAGCCGUCAUCAACCGCACUGCCUCCGCAUGUCUUUCUUAGUCCUGCGCACUUCGUUGACAAGGCGCACUUGUUUGAUAAUUGUUUGGCCUGUUCUAAGCAGCAGGGAAGAGUGGUGGUUCCGGGGCGGCACUGUGAUGAGGUAGGUGGGUGCACCUGCGGCCUCUUGUACAGCGGUUGAGGAGGGAGGGAGGGAGGAGAAAGGGGUGAAACGAGCGGUAUUAUGAGGGAAUGAGUGUUCGGGACGGGCGAGGGGUGAAUGAGCACUUUUUUCUUUUGAGGUGGACGAGAGUGCUUUAAUGGCGGGGUGACGGGGCGGUGUGGCUCGAGGCAUGUGGUGGGUUGCAUCCGCACUUGGACGCGAGCAGGAGAUGGAAGGAGCAGGAGGAGGAGUGAGCGUUCGGGCCGGGGGUGCUGUUAUUGGGGGGUUCUGUUUCCUGCAGACCAAGAGCGCAGGAGCCGGAGCUCCACCGGUUUCGGGUUACUGCAUGCAUGUGCGUGCCUGAUUGCCCGCGUGCCCGUUGUGUGUGUCGAUAGUUGGGGGUGGGGGUGGGUAGACAGGCGGGUACUGCGUGAGGGGGGGUGUUCACUCGCAGGUGAACUUGUUGGCUCGAGUGGGGGAUGGGAUGUGAUGCUCCGAAGUACAUACCUGAUCGCGCUUUCUGUGCAGCAAUCCUGCCAUUUCGGGCUCUGCCCUAGCCCCGUGCUAUAAUGCGUACUACAACAAAGCGCUGCGCUUGCCCGAGAAGUGUGGGAGUAAUGUUAUUGCCGCUGCUACUGUUACAACAGCUAUGCAGUCCUGAAUGACCCCCCCUUACAAAGGAAAGAUUUACCAAGGAAGGGCAUGUUUACUAGGCCGUGUUUAUAAACCUGAGCCGCACUUCUGUAUGCUCGUAUUGACGUUAGUUAUCUGGGGUUAAACAUUUCAUAUCAUUUGGUUUCCACCCGGCGGUGUUGGUGAG